AUGUCGAACCGAGGUGGUCAGUCCAAGUUCAUCAGCAAAUCAAUGUAUGAUGUGCUAGGCAAUGAUAAUGAUCACGAAGAAGAGGAGGAGGAAGAAGAGGUUGAAGAAGUUCCUAUAUCGUCCACGACCGACAACAGCGGCUCCACUGAACCCACUGCACCUCUCUCUAAAUCAGCAAGAAAACGAUUAGCUAGACUAGCUUCCAAAACUGCCGAAAGUGCCAAUUCAGCGGUUGAAGUUGCCAAAGACACAGCAAACGAUAUAGCUGAUUCCGUUCCUAUCCCUUCCCUUCAGCAAAACGGAGAUGGCCCAAUCACAUCAACUAAGGAAGAAGAGCAAGUACAGCCUACGACUAACGGAGUCAAGGAAAUAUCAGAGGAAAAGAAGGAAAAAAAUAAUUUACAAAGUAUUACUGAGACCAAUGCUGUGGAAAAUAAGAAAUCAACCGUAGCAAAAACAGAUUUCAAACCUUCAUUACCUGAAACAUUACCUCAACGUACAGCUGUUGAUUUACCAGCCAAUCGUAAAAGAAAACAACCUCAAGAUUUCGAACCAUCUGGACCGGGAAACGCACCUACUCCAACUAGUCCAUCUAAAAUCGGAGUCAAGUUUGAGGAUGGUGUAGCACCAGGUGAAGGUAAAGAAGGUGAAAAGAUUAUCACGCCUAAAAAGUCAAUCAGUGUACCUUCAUUACCCGCAGCUAUCAAAAAAGAUAGGAAUGUCAUUGAGAGAACCACUUGGACUUUCAUUAUGAUUUUCGGUUUCAUCGCUCUCUUAUGUUUGGGACACCCUUACAUGAUUUUACUCGUUAUGCUUUGUCAAACUUUGGUAUAUAAGGAAGUAACCGCUUUGUUCGACCUUCGAGAUCACGGGGCCAAUAAGUUCGAAGUAGCAUCAGGAGAAAAGGCUGAUAAAUGGAGUAAAACGCUCAAUUGGUAUUUCUUUGUCGUGUGCAACUACUUCCUCUACGGAGAAUCGAUAAUCUAUUACUUCAAGCACGUCGUCUUCGUCGACGCGUACUUUAUUCCUUUUGCAAGGAACCAUAGGUUUAUAAGUUUCAUGCUUUACGUUGUCGGAUUUGUGGGAUUUGUUGCCAACUUGCAAAGGCAGUGGCUCAGACAGCAAUUCGCUCUCUUCUGUUGGGUACACAUUUCUUUGCUACUUGUCGUUGUCUCAAGUCAUUUCAUCAUCAAUAACAUCCUCGAAGGUCUGAUAUGGUUCUUCGUACCUGCCUCCUUGGUCAUUUGCAACGAUGUCAUGGCGUAUGUGUGUGGCAAACUGUUUGGUCGAACUCCCCUCAUCAAGCUUUCUCCCAAGAAGACUGUGGAAGGUUUCGUCGGUGCAUUCAUUUGCACCCUUUUAUUCGGUCUUGCAUGGGGCACAUUCUUCAUGAGAUUCCCAUACAUGAUCUGUCCCGCUCGAGAUCUCGGUACCAAUGUUCUGUCUCAGAUCACAUGUCGACCUAACCCUGUGUUUGUAUGGCGGGAUUUUGAAUUUACGGGUCCAGCUAAACAAAUCCUUUCGACUGUUCUUGGACAUGCCCCUCCUUCUAUCCCAUAUGCUCCUUUCCAAAUCCACUCUUUGGUCAUGGCCACCUUCGCUUCACUCGUAGCUCCCUUUGGUGGAUUCUUUGCUUCCGGGUUCAAGAGAGCAUUCAACAUCAAGGAUUUCGGACACAGCAUUCCUGGUCAUGGAGGUAUGACUGACCGAAUGGACUGCCAAUUCAUGAUGGGUCUUUUCUCAUAUGUGUAUUACAGUUCUUUGAUCCGAAUCCAAUAUGUCACAGUUGGGUCAAUCAUGCAGACCGUGGUCACAUCAUUGACAGCUAGAGAGCAAUUGGAAUUGUUAGCUGAUUUGAAGAGGUUUUUGGAGGGUCAAGGAGUAAAGGCUUAG